UGUUGUAUUCUUGGAUAAGCAUGGUAUCUAGCGUAUAGACACAAGUCAGCAAUUGAGCAGAUGAUGAACAGGACCACCCUUUUUUUGUGGAAUAUUAAGGAAAAAAUAAACAGAAGAGGAUGACCAACCAUUGUUUACAAGACAGCCCAACAAACUAGGCUGCCUGCCUAUUUCCAUAUUUAAAAUCAUAUCAACAAAUCUGUACAGUGAAAAUAUAUAGAAGAAGAGGAGACAGAAUAACUGAAGGGUAGAAGGCAAUCCAUCAUCAAGAGCAUUCAACCUCCCUCUGUUACUGCACUGAUGCUUUUUGUGAAAGAAUCCUUGCACCAAUGUUAAGGCCAUACCUCACUGUAUUUGCUAACAUUCUAAGCAAACCAGUUGCAGCAUCUUAUUAAGUUUGGUGCUGGAGACCACCCCACCACCAACCACCUGACCCCUCCACUCCCUCUUCCCAUUACCAUAUAAGGCCGCCGUAGCUGCAGCCACCAAUGCAGAAGAAGAAGAAGAAGAAGAGAGAGAGAGAGAGAGAGAGAGAGAGAGAGAGAGGAUAAAGAGAACCUAUCACAAAAAGCUGAUAUCUAUAACCCUUCUUUAUCCCCUCCCUCUUGAAGCCAGGAAGAAGAGAGCAAGAAAAUCAAUGGAACAUAUCACCAUCUAUGCCAUUACCCUGCCCUUUCUCCUCUUCAUGACUCAAACUUUAGCUCAGCCUGCAGCAGCUCCAGCUCCACCAGGCCCAACAAACAUCACGAAAAUACUUGAGAAGGCAGGGCAGUUCACUACAUUCAUGCGGCUGCUUAAGAGUACCCAAGUUGGUGACCAGAUCAACCAGCAGCUCAACAACUCCAACUCCGGCCUCACUGUUUUUGCACCGUCUGACAAUGCCUUCUCCAGCCUCUCUGCAGGCAUUCUCAACUCCCUUACCGACCAGCAGAAGGUUGCACUAAUCCAGUUCCAUGUGCUUCCUUCCUUCAUCUCGACGACUCAGUUCCAAACAGUGAGCAACCCACUCCGAACACAGGCUGGUGAUGUAAACAACGGGCAGUUCCCACUCAAUGUGACAACCACGGGGAACACGGUGAACAUAACAACAGGGAUUGUCAACACCACAGUGUCCAACACCAUCUACUCAGAUAACCAGCUGGCUGUGUACCAAGUUGAUCAGGUGCUCCUCCCAUUGGAUAUCUUCGGACCCCAUGCCCCCGCUCCUGCACCUUCCAUGCCUAAAAAGAAAAAGGCUGCUCCAAUCGCUGAAGGGCCUUCAAGCACUUCAAAAGACUCUGCUGCUGUCAGUUUGAAUUGGAGAGCAUCCGCAGCUGCCAUUGCCUUUGCCGCAGCUGUGACUUCUCUCUGGUGGAGUCUCUGAGUGUUACUGCUAUUCUUUUCUAUCUUUUGCUGAGUGGUGGUCUGUGUCGGGUAUGAAGGCUUGCAUUUUUCAGGUGUCCUUUUAACUUUGCCUUGUUUCAUCACUGCCACAGAUUUUGUAAUGCUAUUUCAUUUAUGUAUGUGCUAAAAUAAAGAUGAGAGUAAUAACGUAAACAUCAUGUGUUCGUAUA